AUGUCCCUCGAAAGCGACGCAGUGGCUGGAGCCACUAUCGAACUCCUCGAGGCGCGUCUACGCCGCCUCACCUACCUCCUCACUGGUGCCACAGACUGGACCGGCGUCCCUACCACGCCUGAAAAGCCCACGUCCCUCGAUGAGACAGUCUCUCGUCGACUCGUACGGCUAGAAUCAGAAUUAGAACGGCUUAGUCGGAGUGUCCCAGCCGUACGGGACGUUCUACAGCUCCAUGACCGCAACCCAGACCUCUUCCGAACAACGCCACCCCAUGAAAUCCCAGAGGGCCUCACAACCCAAACCCUAGCCUCAAUAGUCCUCUCCUACGCCGCUGCAUUCCCUGAAACCGCCUCACGCCUUACAUCGCUAAACGACCUCCCCGUGCCUGACGCGCAGAGCUCCGCGGCACUAAUUGAACUCCAGCCACAGCUAGAUCGACUUGCUCAGCAACAGAGCGAGCAGGCAGCUGAGAUUUCAGAGCUACGGGUGCGCACGGCGCGUGUCCUUCAGCGCUGGUAUGAUGUUGGGCUUGUUGGGAGCGGAGAAUGCUGGGCUGAGUGGGAGGGAAGACUUGAGGAUGUUGAGAGGGAGGUCAGGCGAAAAGAGGUCAUUAGACAGGGGAGAGAGGAGGAGGCUUAA